GCAGACUUGUCUCGAAUUGAAUAUCUCACUCCAGCCAGCUGACCGAAGUUGGCGAACAUGGAAAUUACGUGUGUGAAGAAGUGCAGGAAGCAGUACACUACUACAAGCAUUAUUAAUUCAGCAAAGUUUGGUAAUUUGGCAAUUCAUGUUGACUAAAACUGUGUAUUGGGUUCAGUUGCAGAUGCACAUAUACUUUGUCUGCCAUACAACCAGAGAGAAAAAAAUGAAUCAUGAACUAUUAUUCAAUAUGACUGACCAGCAGAAUAGUUUCCGCUUUCUCUCAACUUAAAAAAUCCAACAAAUAAGGAUCGUUGUGGGAAUUAGGAUGACAUGCUUUGUUCCCGAUAAGAGCUCAAGGGGGAUCCCCGUAUUUCAACAGCCUUCUUACUUCAGACUUCGACUUGUAGAACAGAGAUUAACCUAUUUCACAACACAAAACAAACCAUAUCCACAAAUACCCGAUAUAAUGCAGUUUAAGAGGCAUAUAGGCUAGCGCAGAUCCCAUAUGUAACACUGGUUUUCACACAUUUUCGUUCGAUUCGCUGUGAAAAGUUAUUGAGAAGAACAUGAAAUCGAGACGACUUUUUAAAAAGUGUAAUCUUAUUAUCACAAUCUGUUAUUAAAGGUGUAACGUAGACGCUGCACUACCAAUACGUCAGCAUACGACGCUUGAGGGAAAACCCCAGCGCAAACGUCGUCUGUGUGUGAAUGAAGAGAGAGAGAGAGAGAGAGAGAGAGAGAGAGAGAGACUGUUUUAGACGUUUUCAUUACACAGUAUGAAAAAGCGAUGGUCAUUAUCUCACACUUGCUGAUGUGUAUGGACUGAUUAUACCUGCUUGCAGUCACCGCAUAUCUGAAACGGCUAAAUCGCAACGCAUGCCAAAACGCUAUUUUGAUAGUAUUCUGGGUUGAGUGAGAACUAUGGAAGAUUGUCGUUUAGUCUAUUCUGCCUGCUUAAGGUUCAACUGAUCUAAAUUUUUAUUUUGUAUGUCUUUAACGGCUGGGGAUUUUAUUUGCAGUGCUAAUGUGCAUAUUGCAUUGGAUGACACUAUUUGCGAUAUUUACAGUCGGGUGAUAACAUCUCUGAAACGGCGACUAUGACUAUGAAUGGGUCGCAGCCUCAGGUUAUGCCAGCACCGCUGGACCUCACAAUUAAAGACAGAGAUCGCAAAUGCAGGCUGGAAGAUGGCCUCUCUGGUCCAGAAGGUGACGCUGCACGCCAUACAGACUCAAAACAAACUGUGAAAAUUAAUCAAACAGACUCAAAGCCACUGGCAAGAGGGCAUGCCUGUAAUGAUGCGGACUACUCAAGCUCAGUGCCUGGCGAGUCUCCUUGUACUGAACAAACAAGGGUAGUCAUUUAUCAUUUUGUAAAUAGACAUACUCUUCCUGAUCCCCCAAGUGAUUCCUGCAGAUCCUCCAGUGGGGAGUAUUCAGUGAAAUCUGAAGCUGAACCUUCGGAGGUCAAUGCAAUGGACAAUGACCCCAAGUCCUCGAAUGCCCAGCCUGUGUCCAGACUUCCCUUACGAAAACGGCCGUUUCCCGCUCCCGAUAAUAAAAAGGAAGCCCCGGCAAAGCGGACGAAGAUCAUUGCGAACCUACAGAACGACCCGCAACAAGGAUCACCGCCUCCAAGCGCCGCCUCCAGUGAGCAUCCGGAAAAGAUGCCUAGUGACUCUCGUCACACAUUAGCAGACCUUGCACCCCCCUGUAGGCCUAAUAGAAUGGACUGUUGCCAGCUUGUCAAUCUGCCCUUGGCCCCAUUUCCUCUUCUUCCAGUGGAACGGAUGGAGCCGUCACAGGUUACUAUGGCGACCUGGCAGGACGAUGAUGGGGACACGGCUCUGCACAUUGCAGUGGUGCAGGGGCUGGAAAGCCUGGUCCGGAGGCUGAUUCAGAUCCUGCUGCAGGCUGGCAAGGGCCUGGACAUCUACAACAACCUGCUUCAGACACCUCUACACCUGGCUGUGAUUACUCAUCAGGCUCUGCUGGUGCAGCUCCUGCUCAGCGCUGGGGCUGACCCCACUAUGCUGGACCGGCAUGGCCAGACUGCGGCCCACCUGUGCUGUGAGCAUGGCCUCAGCUCCUGUCUGGGCCUGCUCCUCCGCCACCCUGCAUCCCAGACCUGCCUUAAAGUUCGCAACUAUGAAGGUCUCACGAUGCUCCACUUGGCUGUCCAGAACUCAAACAAGGAGCUUGUCAAGAUGAUCCUGGACAGUGGGGCUGACAUCAAUGCUGUGGAUUUCAAAAGCGGGCGGAGUCCCCUCAUUCAUGCUGUGGAGAAUAACAGCAUGGAGAUGAUCAAUUUCCUCAUCGAGAGCGGCAGCAAUGUGAACAUGCAGUCCUACAGUGGCAACACAGCCCUGCACAGCGCCUGUGGCCGGGGGCAGGUGGAGGCCGUCCGUGUGCUGCUGAAGAAUGGUGCUGACAGCAGCCUGAAGAACUACCACAAUGACACCGCCCUGAUGGUGGCCAAGAAUAAGAAGGUAACAGAUGUGUUGCGUGGUAAGGGGUCACGCAACCAAACUACAAAAACGGCAGAGCCCUCUGAUUCCAUUUCGCCUCCUCGGUGCACACCACAGUCCCACCCGCAUAGCACCAAUGGGACCCCAGUGCAAUCUCCAAGCCAGAGCCUCUGUCCCUCCCCGCUGGCCACACCAACACAGCUAGCUCCAUCUCUGUCUCGGAAUAACCCUGGUUCUCCGAUUGCUCCUCCUUCUCACUCUCCGGGCACCCAAUCAGUUGAGGACCACUCAGGUAGUCAACCCAUGAUGGCAAAACAAGAGAGCAAAGACCAGCACCUGCAGUGCACGCAGCCCUCCAUGACAGUGAACUGUGAAACAACACCGAGAAUGCACGUCCAACCACGCCUGUAUUUACCAGCAGACUGUGCCACCUACCAAUCUUACUUCAGAGACAGCACUUUGGGUCCCAUAAUUCCCUAUCCUGUGUAUCACAACAUUUUACAAACUGUCUGCCCAGAGCAAGCAUACAUCUUCCUCCCACAUGGCUUCUCGCAUCAGCUCAAUUAUGCCCAGCCGCCCUGUUACCAUCCGGUCCAAUCACGGCCAUCCAGCCGAAGUAGUGACCAAUCGGAUGCCUCUACAAUGAGCAUAAGCAGUGGAGGAAAAGGAGAAAGUUGACACUUGCUCACCACCCCUGUAACUCUUUGAGUCUGUAUUUCCUAAAACCGGAUCAGCUGAAUCUGUGCUGAACAGCAAAAAAAUCCAGUAGCAGAAGGACACAUGUGAACUGUGAAAAUAGUGAAACUGUAAAAAUAUUAUUUAUAUGACCAUAUUUAUACUAUCAAACUGGCAAUAUGUAAAGCAGUUUUUUUGGCAGUCUGCAUUAACAUAUUCACAAAAUGAUUUUAUUAUGGGUGACAAGGUGGUGCAGUGGUUAGCACUGUUGCCUCACAGUGAGAAAGUCCUGGGUUCAAUCCCAUCUGUGUGGAGUUUGCAUGUUCUCCCCAUGCAUGUGUGGGUUUCCUCCCACAGUCCAAAGCCAUGCAGGAUAGGUCAACUGGCUACUCUAAAUUGCCCAUAGGUGUGAAUGCGAGUGUGUUUGUCUGUGUUGGCCCUGUGGUGGACUGGCACCCUGCCCUGGGUGUACCCCACCUCUAAUCUGAUGAUGCUGGGAUUGGCUCCAGCUUCCCUGUGACCCAGAUGGAUAAAGCGGUAUAGAUAAUGGAAGGAUGGUUUUAUUACUUGGGUUUUUUUUUAUAACCACUUUAACAACAGAGAUUUUUAAAUAAAGAACUGACUGUUGUCAUCAGGUGUUAAAACUGACCUUUGAGAGGGUCGUCGCCAGCGGUGUGUGGUUUAGAAAGGAUGUCAUAACGUCCUUUGUAUGUGGUUAUGAGGUCUUUCUAGGUAUUGACACACACCAAAUGGGUCACAAACAGCUUUCUCUAUCAGAGGAAAAAAACUGCAUGGAUUACUUGCAUGGUGCAGACAGAAGAAUGUACAUAUAAUUUUUUUCAGUCCAGAGCAUUCAAUUGAACUGUAUUAUAUAAGCAAAUGAGUAAUGUGAGGCAUGUAAAAUGCUGUCCUGUUGGUCUUAAAAACUCACUGACUGCAAGUGACAGUCAAAUGCAGAUUCUUCUUCGUGGGUAAAUAAGGAAAGUCUUAUUAUUCCAGCAUUACUGCAACUGCUAAGAAAGGCUUUUUAUCUCUUAGAUAAGUUCAAUGACCAGUUUACAUAUAUAUGACCAGAAAUCAGCUCUUCAUCAAGAAUUCUUCUCUUCUUAAGAUAUACCUGAUUUGUUACUUGAAUUAAUCACAGGUACAGACAUGAAUCUGAAACCUGGGUGUUUUUGCCUUACUGGAUAGCCUGGUACCAGUUGAGUCAGUGUAAUCUCAUUGAUAGUUUAAUAAACCUAAAAGGUAAGACUGCACUUUCUACACGAAGCAUUGAGGGCUAGUAGAACAUUCCUUAAAAUUACAGCAGGAAAUGUACUUAUUUGCCAAAAUCCACCAUGAUUUUAUAUCUGUCAUUUUUUUACGAUCACUGUAUUCCGACAAUGUAAUAUUCUCUACAUUCAUAAACUGCAACAAUGUUAAUGUUGUUUUUUUAAGUAAAAAUAGCAUUUUUAGGAGCAGCACUUUAGCGAAAUCUGUGCUGGUUUAAUAUUUACUUGCAAAACUUGUUCAUUUCUACUGUUUACCUGUACAUGUGUAUAAAUUCAAUAAUAAUACAUUCCAGUACUAAAUACAAGAUCUUAUUCAUUAUGUUCCA